AACGAAGAAUAAUUUUAUUAAUUUACAUUUCCGUUUAAACAGGGAGGUUUGUCAGAGAGGGGUCUGAGAAGCUUUGGCUUUGUAGAGUAGGUGACCCGGAAAUGUAACCGACAUAACCCAUGAACUCGGUGUAUACGGUAAUGUGUAGUUCACGUUUGCAUGGAAAGCUAUUGUUGCAGCAAUUUUUUUAAAACUAUAAGCGGCGUUUAAUGGAAAUGAGAGGUUAAAAAUAAUCGCAUAAUACAAAUGAACAUAUGUCUAUUUGGAAGUGAGAAGAAGAAACAAUCGCUCGCUAAGAAGCUCACAGUCUCAUUGGGGGAUAAUCGCUUUCAGUAGUUCAGUAAAGCAGAAAUGGAGUCCCAGCAGGAAGUGAACCCUGUUUUCCUGCAGCAGCUCAGAGAGUUGGACAUCCCUGAGGAGGCAGCCAAGCAGGCACUCUUACACACACAGAAUGUGUCUGCAGAGGAGGCUGCAAUGUAUUACUUCAACAAACUGGAGAACGAGGAAGAGGGUGAUGAGGACCUGAUGUUCAAAAUGGUUUUUGUUGUAAAUAUGGAGCUGUCCAUGGGUGUCGGGAAGGUGGCGGCGCAGGUGGGUCAUGCAGCAGUGGGUUUGUAUCAGGCCUUGCAGGAGAAAAACAGCUGGAGGGAAAUGGCCUGGAGAUGGGACCAUGCUGGAUCUAAGAAGAUUGUGUUACAAGGCACUAACAUGGCACACCUGUUGGAAUUGCAGGCUCUUGCUAUGAGCCUCAGUCUUCCUACAAAGCUAGUACAGGAUGCUGGACACACACAGGUGGAGCCAGGUUCAUGCACUGUGCUUGCCAUCAUAGGAGAAGAGGAGAUGGUGAAUAAUGUCACAGGCAGUCUGAAACUGCUGUAACCCUGAGGAAAAAACUCAAGUGUAGACGUGUGAUGUACCACAGAAAGAACAGGGGUCAGCGUUUCCCCACAGUAGCAUGGUUCUCAAGAUAAAGGUGCACUCAGUAAUUUUUUGUUUAUGUUGUGAUGACUUAUACUGACAGCUAGUGACGUGAAUGCAUCUUCACGCAAAAGCAAAUGUUUUCUGUUACUUAUACCUAGGGGUGGGCGAUAUACUGCUAUUCCGCUAUUAUAUUUGUCAACCAGUAUAACUAUUUGAGUAUUGUUUCUAUUGUGGUUAUGCCAGUGUUUCCUGCAGUGCUGAAUCUCCAGCACUACAAUAACUAUAUUUUACCCCAAUUGUGAAUGAGUUUGCAAUUUGAAUUGAAUGUGAUGUGAAAAGGAAGUGUAUUGCAAAAUGAUAUUGAGAUGUCAUUGCAAACAUACAAUGAGGUAUAUUUAGAUUCACAAACAAAUGACUCACUCAACAAAACUCACAUAUUUAAUAGUUACCAUUUUGUAUGUUUGUAACAUUUACAUGCACAGGUCUCCAAAAACAUUUAAGAAUGUCUCUUAUACAUUUACAUGACCACGUAAGCCACAAUCUCUGGGAGAAACCCAGGCAUGUUAAACCACUUUCACAUAAUCCCUUAUGAGAAGCGAUCACACCGAUUCAUUUACUUCAGGAAUUGAGUUUGAAAAGUUAAAACUAAAUUAUGUUGGGUAAUUAUAUUUAGUCACCAGAGAGUUUUUCAGUAUUGCCAUGGAAGGUUAUCCAAAAUGUGAAAUGGAGAAGAGGCUUCAAAACAAAAGAAAGUGUCAUCAUACUCAUUGCUUGCAGUGAAAACAGUAUUUUUAAUUACCCUUCAUUGAAAUAUUGUUCAAAUUAAAAAUCUAAAUUCAUCAAAUUUGUGAUAGAUUUAACAUUCAUUGGAUUCAUAAGGACUCUUGUUUGUUUUCUGUAGUUUUUGAGGUUAGACUUUAUUUCGAUAGUUCACUUUAGACAUUCUACUAACUCUAAGUAACUUUGCAACUACAUGUCAACUAACUCUUAUUAGAGUGUCAGUGGACUGUUAGGGUAGUAGAAUUAACUCUAAUUAGAGUGUCAGUGGACUGUUAGGGUAGUAGAAUAAGUUGACAUGUACUUGCAUGCAUAUAUAUUUGGUCUAGAUAUUGUUACAUUUUUGUUUGUAUCGCCCACCCCAUCAAUACCUUUGUAGAAAUAUACACAUUAAGCAAAAGGGAGGUGGAUUACUGAGAUUAAAUGAGUAGUAUUCGACUGCUAGUGCGACUCAACAUGAGGUCACCCACUCUAUGUAAAAUAAAAUGGCUUUUAUUAAGCCACUGAAAUUAUUGUAGUCUUAAUCUUAUGUGAAUGUAUGUGAUUUGAAACAUAUUUUCAAUAUUACAAUUAAUUUAUUUUGUAUAACUUUUUAAUGAAGGAAGAAAUUACUGAGUGAACCUGUGGGAAAAAAAAUUAAAAACCUCCCUACAUAGUUUAACAACAACAGACAUGUUCAAAUCAUUGCAUUUUUAAAGCUUUUAAAUUAUGUGAGAAGACAACUAAUUGAUAUUAUCAACAGGUCCCUGAAUUUCUAUAGAGCUAAAAAAAAGUCCCCAAAGAGGAGAGUUGUCAAUUAAAUAGCAGUGUAUAAAAAUGUACAAUGAAUUAUAAUCACAUGUAAAAGUUAUACUUAAUGUGCCUGUAGAACCCAAUGUUUUGAUGCUUGUGAAAUCAGAUAGCCAUUGUAAAAGUAUAAUGUAUAACAUGUUUCUUCUUUUUUAUUGUGUGAAUGUUAUUUUUUAUUGUUUACAAUUAAACGUACCCAAUCCCUUUGUGAUGAUAAAAUCUGCCUGGGUGUAGCUAUUUAUGUAAAUAUGUUGGCUUGACAAAGCCUAAAUACUGAUACAGUAUUUAUAUAAAUGCUAUUACUAUUAUAUAACAUACUAUUUAAACUUAUUAGCAACCAAGCACCAAUUCCUCUCAUUUCUCAAUCACAGGUUUUGUCCAGUCUUCACAGAAAUUACAUGCUAAAUGUCAAUUUCCAUAUUUCUCGCUCUCUCUCUCUCUCUUUGUUGUUCCCCCUAUUUGGUGGAAUUUGACAAUUUGGUGUGUAUCCUCAGAAUGUCUUUUUUUGUUAUCAGGACAUAAUAAAAAUCAUCUAGUGCUUGGCAGGUCUUAAAAUUUGAAAAAUAAAACCUCAGAUGAACAACA